GCACAGGUAUGCAAGCCACAAUAUCAACUAGAAAAGUCCUGAGUGGAACUGCCCUCUUCCAACUUCUCUUCCCACGAUUAAUUGCAUUCGCGGAGAGAGCUUGGCAUCGCGCUAGCUGGGAAAACACUGUAAAAAGACCAAUAAUGAAUAUAACGGCAGCACAGAUUCAGGAAGUUCAGGAUUUCAUGAAAUUCAAAACCAUUCUAGGUAAAAAGAUACUGCCAAAGUUGGACAAGAACAAAGUACAGUAUUACAUGGCUCCCCCUGGAGUAAUUAUGAGGAAAGUGACUACUGAUCCAUUAGACAUGAAAACAGAAGUGAUGGCAAAGACUGAGUAUCCGGGGUUCGUUGCUCAAAUUAAAACAGACCAGAUGCCAGCUUUUGCAGACAUUGUAGACAAAGGGGUGUACGAUGGAGCGCUUGCACAAUUCAGAACAAGAAACAAGGACUCGACAAGGUUUAGUAGAAGCGAGGUCGUCUUUAAAAAUGGUACCGACAAAUACAUGCGAGAACAUGUGGAUAUAAUGAAACACUUAGAUGAGAGAGUGUCAUUAGAGUUCCCUAUUCAAACACGUUUUAGAAAUCAAGACGAUCCAUCUGGUAAAUUUUCAUUUUCCUUACAAGACAGUUUGCCUCUUUAUUUUGACAAGGAAUUCAGAAUGUUUUUUAAUAAAACCGGCCAUCAGGAAUUCCUUCGAAAUCGGCCUGCUCUUGUGGAACAAGCGAAGCUACGCCAACAACAGCAUAUAAGGAUGAUGCAGGAACACCAAAGGCGAAUGAUGACACAGAACGCUGCCCGAGCUAAUAAUCCAAAUAGCAUGAACCAAGGGGUCGGGAACACUCAAGCUGGAGCUGGCCGUGUGGGGUGGACCCCCGGAAACAAUCAAGGUGGAGCUGGCCGUGUCGGUUGGGGGGACGGGACCCCCGGGAACAAUCAAAACUCGAUACAAAGUCGUCAGACUCGAACAGGGUAAAACUUUCACAGACAUUCUCUUGAUCAACAUACGUUAUGGUAUCAAAUCAAGCGUUAAAUGCUCACAUUUAUCAGAAAUUAUCACGUGUGUUAAGGGAUUAUAUAUAUAUAUAUUGAUCAAAUAAAAUUUGACGACCAACAAAACAUCAACGAUGUGAGUCUUUAAAAUAAGAACUUAAUAUUUUAAAUAUAUAUGUUUUGGUGGAUAAGGAAUGCUAUAAAACACCUCACAAUAGAAGAAUAGUGUACUGCGAUUGCGUUUUAGCCUAAGUGUCAAGUGUGUCGCCUGAUCUUCAAAGGUCGUAGAUGUUAUUAAUAUUUAUUCUUUUAAAUAUUUUGUUCAUCUUAACAAUUGGUACACAGAAAAAAGACAGGCAUUGAUCGUAUACCUGUUUAUUGUAUUAUGUUCCAUGAAGAUUUAAUAACUGAUUUUAUAACUAAGUAUUAUAUGUAUAUAUUAUUAACGUUUAUAUCUGUUAAUUAUAUGUAUAUGUGAUAUAGAGUGUUUUUUUGUAAUAACGUAUUUUGUGUAUGCAUACGAUUUAAAACGGCGUACUGAGGGUAUGUAAGUAAAUUAUAACUACUGAAGGUAUCUUUAUACAAAAAAACUGUUAAAAUAUUGAAAAGCAAAAAAAUGCCCUAACAGAAAUGACAAUAUUGAUGAUUCUUGAUUAGUUAUUGACGUAAAUGCGAUUUGUUAUUUAAGAUAAUAUUAGUUAUUGAAGUAACAGCAUUGAGUUAUUUAAGAUUAUGUCAGUCCUUGAUUUAACAGUUCUGUUGUUUUGAAGAUAACGCCAGUCUUUUUGCUGACAGUUUUAAGUAAUGUAAUUUAAGAUAAUGCCAGUCACUAACGUAGCAAUACUUAGUUAUUGAAUAUACUUUAGGCCUCGAUGUAAUUGUACUGAGUUAUUUCAGCUGAGGUUCGUCUUUGAUGUAACAGUUUUGAGUUAUUUAAGAUAAUGUCACAUCACUGGUCUUUCAGUUCUUGAUGUAACAGAACUGAGAACAAAGACGAGUAUGUACCUUGAUUUAAAAAUACUGCAGUUUCAAAGAUAAUGUCAGUUAUUGAACUUAUGAUACUUAAAGCACGCUUUAGGGAUUAUUAGACGGUAUCAAUUUCCAUCUUUACCUACCCCUACAACACGUUUCGUUUUACGUUUGUUAUACUUCAAUUAAGUUCUCUAAUUCAUGAGAAAAAGGCUGAAUAUUUUAGCAAUUAGAUAUUAAUUUGUUACAGAUCUUUGAAGCACACUGAUAGGAAUUUUAUAUUUUUUUCUUUCGAAAAAACUUGCCUAGUGUCAAUUGUGCAGUAAUUGGUUUCCAAAUCGAUAAAAACUAAUGCGAAAUAUGAACAGAUGAAAUAUUUUCACGGAACCUU